UUAAAAAUAUCCCAUUUCACCUCUUCUUCCCCAAUUCCAAUUCCAACUGUUCAUCUCAAUUCCAAUAACAUAACCAGAAAAAAAACCCUAGAAUCCAAUACUCAAAAUCCACAAUCCAAAUCCUCACAUUCCUCCUUUUAUCAAAUCAUCACACACACAUUCACCUACAAAAACCGCCAUUCAACCAUCAUCACCUCCACAAUUGAAAAUUUUAUCAAAUUGAACGUUUAAUUGGUAUAAUCGUUGUAAUCGGUGUAAUUUGUAUGCUCAGAUUGAUGGAUACAACAGGUGUUAGCGUUGAUUCAACGAAUUCCGAUGAUCAUGUGAGUAAUAAUAAUCAAAAUGCGUCAAAUUCGUCAUCGCCGACGUCACGGAGGAGUUCGUCGCCGAGAACGACGUCGUUUUCGUCACCGUCGUCGCCUCCGUUUCCGAUAAUUAGGUUUUUACAAGCUCCGGUAACUACUUUGAUUGAAUAUUCAGGUGUUUUUUCUAGACCUAGGUUGAAUAAUGAGUAUAAUGAAUCUGAGAGUUUGAUUUCUAAUAAUCGGAUUCGUGAUCGUACCUCUAGUGGUUCUGGUUCUGGUUCUGUUACGGACAGUAAUCGUAGUAGUAGUAGUAGUGAUGGUAAUGGUAAUGGUAAUGGUGAUGGUAAUAGUGAGGUUUCGAUUCGGAUAAUGAGCGGCGGAGAUCAUGAAGAGGAACGCGGUGAAGCGGAGACGAUGGACAGGGGAGAUGGUGGAGGAGAGAGGGAGGUGAGUGGCUCUGGUGAUGUAAGUGGUGUGAAUGGUAAUGAUAGUAAUGGUAAUGGUCAUGGUAAUGUGGAUUCGGCGUAUCAGCAACGGUAUGAUUUGCAGCAAGUUUCGAGGUGGAUUGAACAAAUUCUGCCGUUUUCGUUGCUGUUGUUGGUUGUUUUCGUUCGGCAACACUUACAAGGUAUCUUUGUUACACUUUAUAUAACUGCUUUCAUGUACAAAUCAAAUGAUAUUCUACGGAAGCAAACAGCUUUAAAGGGGGAGAGAAAGUUAUCUGUUCUUGUUGGAUAUUGCAUAGUUUUCAUGGUUCAUGUGAUCGGAGUAUACUGGUGGUACCAAAACGAUGAUCUUUGCAACCCCUUGUUCAUGGUUCCGCCAAAAGCAAUUCCACCAUUCUGGAAUGCUAUAUUCACCAUCAUUGUAAACGAUACGAUGGUGCGGCAGGCAGCAAUGGCAUUUAAGUUGGUAUUGCUUAUGUACUAUAAAAACGGCAGGGGCCACAGUUUUCGUAGGCAGGGUCAGAUGUUGACUCUAGUUGAGUACACACUUCUACUAUACCGUGCUUUUUUACCCGCCCCGGUUUGGUACCGAUUCUUUUUGAACAAAGAAUAUGGAAGCCUUUUCUCGUCUUUGACAACAGGGUUGUAUUUAACCUUAAAGCUCACAUCAGUUGUUGAGAAGAUUGGAUCCUUCUAUGCUGCAUUAAAGGCGUUGUCACGAAAAGAGGUCAAUUAUGGAUCACAUGCAACAGCAGAACAGGUGAGUGAGGCAGGAGACUUGUGUGCUAUUUGCCAGGAAAAGAUGCAGGCUCCAAUUUUGUUGCGCUGCAAACAUAUUUUCUGUGAAGACUGUGUUUCAGAAUGGUUUGAAAGAGAAAGAACGUGCCCAUUAUGCAGAGCGUUGGUCAGACCAGCUGACAUCCGAACAUUUGGGGAUGGCUCAACGAGCUUGUUCUUCCAGGUGUUCUAGAAACUUCCAUCUUGAUAUGCAGGCCGUGUGGUUUCUUCAGUGAGUUUGAUCUGUGCUCUUUGUUCAAUCAUCCAAAGUUAUAUACAACCCGUAUCACUAGAGUGAAUUUUCGGCACCCUUUUCUCACAAAUUGUACAGUUGAGCUUUACUUGUGGCUCUAGUAUAUGAUAUACACAAUAAAACACAUGAGAGAGGUUUCAUGAAUAGUUAAUACUUAAUACCAUCAUCACAUUCUUUGUGCA